AUGCUACUGGGAUUUUGUGAAGAUCACAGACGCGUGGUGAUUAACGCUCGUCACGAAUUGAUUUUGAUACGCGCGUGCAACGAUAACAAUUGUCUAGUUGGCGAUCCGGCGCGGGAGCCGGAAAUUGAAUUAUUCAAAGUACAGUGGCAAAUGCCACACGUCCUGCUGAACGAGAUAAAUAAACUGGCGAUGCUGCGUGCUCUGGAAAGCGGACGAUACCUGAGCAUGGCUUUUCGUUCGUGGGAUCUAUACGAGUUUCCGCUACUGCAGCGCACGACCAAACAUUCGUGGGCCAUCAAGACCGCUACUCAGCUCGAGAAGCUGCGGUACAUCAUCUUUGCUCUGCAGGCUGGUCGGAAGAACGUUAUGCUCGAGGAUACGAGCCGAUUCGAUCAUUGUAAACUGACGAACGUGAAACUGUAUCUAAACUUGGAAUGUUAUCCGUACGACGAUAUGAAUUUGGAUUUCGAUAAAAACAGAUGGUCGAUUCUCUACGACACAUACGUACGUUUCUGUAAAACCUAUUACGGAUACGAUUAUCUCGAGCCGAAUCAAACUGUUGCGAAUUUUCGGCAAAAACGUCCAUUCGUAAUUAUCGAUUGUUCUCGACAAAAUGAAUCGGUCAAGAGCGCAACCGUGGACGUGCGCUUAGAGUUUGAAUGGAAAGAAAAUUUGCCCGCAAGUACCACCGCGUACUGCCUCAUCAUACACGAUUGCGUGGUUCAGUACAAUCCGUUGACAAAUGUUGUGCGGAAGAUCACCUAA